AUGAUCAACUUGCUGCGAGGGAAAUCGUCGGCGGUGGUCCAACCCACUCCGACGUCUCAACUGGCCCAGUCUGAGUCGCGUCGAUGGACGCAAUUGCUUCCAAGACCCAGAAGCUCCACCUCGGCGACGAGCUUCAAGGAAGACCCGUCCAAGCUCCCUAUGACCAUCUACUUUGGGUCACAGACAGGUCGUACAGAAGCGCUUGCUAACAGAUUCCACCACGCUGCGAUCCGCUGUGGCAUGCAAGCAACGGUGAAAGACCUGUACAACUUCGACCCGGACCAGUUUUGCACCGAGCCACUCGUGAUCUUCAUCGUGUCCACAUACACCUGUGGCGGCGCGACAGACAACGCCGCCCAUUUCUACUUUUGGUUGCAAAAUCAAAAAGACGCUCGUACGCUGAAGAAGAGUCGGCGACUCAGGGCCGUUCGGUACGCCGUAUUUGCGUCAGGUGACACCAAGUACGGCAUCAAUUUCAACGAGUUUGGCACAACGGUGGAUGCGAAGCUCGAGGAGCUGGGGGCAACUCGCAUUAUGCAGUGCUGUCUGGGGGAUUGCCACUCUGGUCUGGGCAACAUCUUUACGAGUUGGGAAGCUGAUAUUUUUCAAACGAUCGGCCUCGGCGCCACGCACUCGGCCGCGGCCGCCAAACAUGCCAACUCGGUCCUCCUGCCCCCAAAAGUCACCCAUCGUUUCGUUGUUAUUGACGUGGCGGAGCCGCGGGCCCCCGACCGACGAAAGCGACGCAUUGACACCUUCACCGUCACGCCUGACUUGAAGAUCUUUUUCAGCCCACCCAACUUGAUCGUAAGCGAAGUCGCCUAUGUCGUCUCCGAGCCCAAGCCCGCGAUGCUCCACGUGUGCUUGGCCAUGACCGUACCACCGUUUGUGUACUCGACAGGGGAUGUCAUUCGCAUCUACCCAUUGAAUCCAGAGCUGUUGGUGGCAGCACUUGCCAUGCGCCUUGGUUUUUCCCAUGGGCCGACAGAGAACCGAUGGAUCCAGCCGAUUCCACUCUUGCCAGGGUUGGAGUCGUUUCAAGACCCGUUCCCAUCUCCCACGCGCCUCUUUACCGUCCUGAGGCAGUACUACGAGCUCAUCUCUGUCCCUCCAGAGUUUGUGCAGAAGCUAGCUCACUAUGCCACCGAUCCGAGCGAAGCUGCCGCGCUUACCCACCUAGCGUCCGAUUCAAGAGCGUACCAUGCCUCGGCUGCAGGGCUGACGCUUGUGGGUCUGCUGCGGCAAUAUCCUUCAGUUCAAAUGUCGCUCGAUGCAUUUCUCCAUACUGCGCCACGGAUGCUGCCGCGGGAGUUUUCGAUCGCUUCGUCCAACCUCGUCAGUCCCACGAACAUCCACAUUUGCCUUGACGUACCACCUGCCGCUACGUCGUUCAAAAACAUCGACCGGUCCGACGGUAUGUUGGGGGCUUGUUUCAUGGAGCUGGACGCGUUGACCCGCAAAGAAGCAAAAACGGUGCUGGAUCCGAUCCAGAUUCCGCAGGUGCGGAGCGAACUUGUGCCGUCCGAUGACGUCCCAUGGCCCGAACUCGGGCCAUCGGCUCCUGUUACGUUCAUCGCGACAGGGGCUGGCUUUGCUCUUGUCAGAGCUGUCAUGGAAGACCGAUGUGCUAAGGACACAGCCAAAAUCACGGCGAAGCACGUCCUGUAUUACGGAUGUCUGACCAAAGUUUGUGUGCCGUACGGAAACCACGUCAAGCUGUGGCAAUCCAGAUUUGACCUCCGCGUCGUGCUUGCGUGCUCGUCGGACAAAGUAGAGAUCGACGCGGAAGCUCCUCAUCGUUACAUCCAGGACGCCGUCGACGCGGAGGUGUCGACCAUUUUGAGCAACCUGGAUGAGCUCCAAGGGUCCGUCUUCGUGUCUGGGCCCGCGUCCGUCGUGAAAGACGUCCGGAGAAUUCUAGUUCUCGCAAAGACCGCCCAACUCAAACAGCAACGAGUCGACGAGCAGUGUGUUGAUGACCAAUGCAACGUGUGGUUGCAAGAUCUCGUCUGCACGGGACGGUAUGUCGAAAGGACAUGCGUGUGA